AUGCGACUACGGACCUGUCUUUCUAUCCUCACAGCAUGUGUGCUGCCUGGUCACGCGCGAUUCGAUGCGUCGACGGUGGCAUGGUACACCUCGCCGGCCACCAAUUUCACCACCACGCUACCGAUCGGAAAUGGCCGGCUGGGCGCCGCAAUCUGGGGCACUGCCAUUGAGAAUGUCACCCUGAAUGAGGAUUCCAUCUGGAAUGGUUCGUUCGUCAACCGAGUUAACCCCAAGUCUUACGGCGCAUUGGCUCCGGUCCGCUCGAUGUUGGCCAGCGGCAACAUCACCACCGCCGGCGAGGUCACGCUGGAAGACAUGGCAGGCAUACCUGCGCUGCCGCAGUCGUAUAGUCCCUUGGGCGCGCUACGGUUGGAUUUCGGACAUGCCAGGUCGGCUAUCCGCAAUUAUACCCGGUCGCUCGAUCUGCGCACUGGCAAUGCGGUGGUGGAUUAUGACUACCAGGGUGUUACCUUCAGACGAGAAUACGUCGCGAGCUACCCGGACGAUGUAAUCGCUAUUCGUCUCUCGACCAGCAAGGCUGGUAGCCUGAACGUGGUUUGUUCGCUGGAACGCGCCCUAUUCGUGGUUGAGAAGACUGCGUCGGCCACUGAGGGCGUUGGAACCUUGGUCCUCAAGGCUAAUUCAAUUGCCGAUCAAGACGGCCCUAUUCGCUUCUCUUCCCAGGCGCGGAUUAUGUCCAAUGGAGGGCGGAUUGGAACCAAUGGAACUUCCAUCGUCGUGCGUGGCGCUUCCACUGUGGACAUCGUCUUUGAUGCCGAAACCUCCUACAGAUACGAGUCUGAGCGCAAUCGCGACGCUGAGCUCGAACAGAAGCUGCAGUCUGCAGUCAAGUCAGGAUUUGCAGUCGUCAAGAAGAAUGCCGUUUCCGACUAUGCUGCACUAUCGGAGCGAGUUGAUUUGGAUCUGGGAUCCUCCGGCAUGACUGGGAGAUUACCAACGGACACUCGUCUGCUAAACUACCAGCAUAGUCCGGACAGUGACCCCGAGCUGGCGACGCUGAUGUUUCACUUCGGUCGGCAUUGCUUGAUCACCUCGUCCCGCGCAAAAUCAUCCCCAGGUCUGCCGGCCAAUCUGCAAGGUCUCUGGAAUCAGGACUAUGAUCCGGCGUGGGGCGGCCGCUUCACCCUCGACAUUAAUCUAGAGAUGAAUUACUGGCCAGCUCAAGUAACUAAUUUGGCGGAGACGUUCACGCCGUUCAUCGACUUGAUGGACAUCAUCAAGCCCCGUGGUCAAGACGUGGCGCGAAGCAUGUACCACUGCGACAAUGAAGGGUACGUGCUACACCACAACACCGAUCUCUGGGGCGAUGCAGCACCCGUUGAUAAUGGGACAACCUGGACUAUGUGGCCCAUGGGCGGAGCAUGGCUAUCGGCGAAUCUGAUGGAGCACUACCGAUUCACUCAGGACGAGACCGUCCUCCGAGAACGCAUCUGGCCGUUACUGCAAAGUGCAGCCCAAUUCUACUACUGCUAUCUCUUUCCGUUCGAGGGUUAUUACAGUACUGGCCCCUCGAUCUCCCCGGAGGCGGCUUUUAUUGUCCCGGAUACCAUGUUCAAAGCCGGGAGUGCGGAGGGCAUCGAUAUCGCACCCACCAUGGACAAUUCUCUCCUUCAUGAGCUCUUCCAGUCGGUGAUUGAGACUUGCAACACGCUUGGAAUUACUGGGUCAGAUCUGCACACAGCCAAGAAAUACCUUGCCAAGAUCAAGCCUCCUCAGAUCGGGUCAGCCGGUCGGAUCUUGGAAUGGAGACUAGACUAUCAGGAACAGGAUCCCGGCCACCGCCACAUGAGUCCAAUCGUAGGGCUAUAUCCGGGCUCCCAGCUGGCGCCUCUCGUCAACCAGACUCUCGCGAAAGCGGCCAAGGCGUUCCUGGACUACCGGAUCGAUAGUGGAAGCGGCAGCACCGGCUGGUCGCGCACCUGGACGAUGAAUCUGUAUGCACGACUGUUCGAUGGCGAUGCUGUUUGGAACCACACCCAGAUCUACCUCAAGAAGUUCCCAAGCCCCAAUCUCUGGAACACGGACUCGGGCCCGGAUACUGUGUUUCAGAUUGAUGGGAACUUUGCGUUCACAUCCGGCAUUGCGGAGAUGCUCCUCCAGAGUCAUGAGGUCGUGCAUCUCUUACCGGCUUUGCCUUCUGCCGUUCCAGCGGGCUCUGUAUCGGGCUUGGUCGCUCGGGGAAACUUUAUGGUGGAUAUGCAAUGGUCGGGUGGGGUGCUGCAGCAGGCGACUAUCACUUCUCGGAGUGGUAAACCGUUAGCCAUUCGUGUGCAGGAUGGAAGGCAGUUUCUCGUGGAUGGUGGGGCGUAUUUGGGGCCGAUUCAUACACGGAAGGGAGAGAAGUAUACUAUCACUCUAUCAAACUCUCGGAGAUGAACUCUGUAUCUAUUAGUCUCUGCCAUAUGUGUAUAUAUGGGGAAAGAAGGAUGGACUCAGUCGGGUAGAGGCCACCAACCUUCAACUUUCGCUCUAUACGUAAC